CAAUUUUUGGGAAGACGGUGAAUCAUAUAGAGGAUGUGGCGUUUGAAAUGGAUCUGAAGAAAACGGGAAUGACUGAAGAGAGCCGGUGUUUAAAAGUGACUGAAUAGCUACAGGGAGAGAGAAGUCCAAAUCCCAGGUGGAGGUUCAAGGCCAGACACUGCACUGAAGAUGGGAGGGGGAGGCCAGCUACCAGAGCCAGGAGAGGGCUCGUCUGCUGGAGUUUACACCUGGGAGGAGGUGCAGUGUCACUGCAGCAGGGAUGACCAGUGGCUGGUUAUCAACAGGAAGGUUUACAACAUCACACAAUGGGCCAAAAGACACCCAGGAGGCUUCAGGGUCAUCAGCCACUACGCUGGAGAGGAUGCCACGGAGGCGUUUUCUGCUUUUCAUCCCGACUUGAAAUGUGUGCAGAAGUUUCUGAAACCUCUGAUGAUUGGAGAGCUGGCAGCGACAGAGCCCAGCCAGGACCGGGACAAAAAUGCAGCAAUCAUACAGGAUUUCUGCAGUUUACGCGUACAGGCAGAGAGUGAUGACCUGUUUCGAGCCCAGCCUCUGUUCUUCUGUCUCCACCUUGGUCACAUCCUGCUGCUUGAGGUCCUUGCCUGGCUCAUCAUCUGGCUCUGGGGUACUGGCUGGACACUGACACUCCUGUGCUCUGUCUUGCAGGCGAUUGCUCAGUCGCAGGCUGGAUGGCUGCAGCAUGACUUCGGCCACCUGUCCGUUUUCAAGAAGUCAAGCUGGAACCACUUGUUGCAAAAGUUUCUCAUCGGACAUGUGAAGGGAGCAUCUGCAAACUGGUGGAACCAUCGGCAUUUCCAGCAUCAUGCCAAACCAAAUAUCUUCAGUAAGGACCCUGAUGUGAACAUGCUGCAUGUGUUUGUAGUCGGAGCGACUCAGCCGGUGGAGUACGGCGUAAAGAAGAUCAAAUACAUGCCCUAUCAUCACCAACACCAGUACUUCCUCCUCAUUGGCCCACCACUCCUCAUUCCAGUUUACUUCCACAUUCAGGUCAUUCGUACAAUGAUUACUCGCCAUGACUGGGGGGAUCUGGCUUGGUCAAUGUCUUUUUACCUUCGCUACCUGUGCUGUUAUACUCCUCUGUAUGGGCUCUUCGGCUCUGUGGCGCUCAUCAGCUUUGUCAGGUUUUUGGAGAGUCACUGGUUCGUGUGGGUGACCCAGAUGAAUCACCUGCCGAUGGACAUUGACCACGAGAAGCACCGAGACUGGCUGACCAUGCAGUUACAGGCCACCUGCAAUAUCGAGAAAUCCCUCUUCAACGACUGGUUUAGUGGACACCUCAACUUCCAGAUUGAACACCAUUUGUUUCCCACAAUGCCGCGCCACAACUACCACCGGGUGGCUCCUCUGGUCCAUGCUCUGUGCAAGAAACACGGGAUCCCUUACCAGGUGAAAACAAUGAGGCAGGGCCUCGCUGAUGUUAUCAGGUCACUGAAAAACUCAGGAGACCUCUGGCUUGAUGCAUAUCUCCAUAAAUGACCUAUUUUUUUCUACAGUUUCAAGGAAGGAUGUUUUCUCUGUUCAUGUUUGGUUGUAUGAUCAUUAUCAGUGUUCUUUAAGUC